CUCGAACGGGAAAAAAUCGCGGUGCCGAGUGUCGAAUGGCCGUCCGUGCCUGUCAUCGCUUCUUCUGACAGAUGUUUCGCGCCAUCAGCUCGCUCUGUUAACCGGUCCAAGGGGCAACUCCUUGAGCGCUAGCCGGUGAAGCGACGUCCUCGGAAUAUCUCGGGAGUUUAAGCGAAGCAUCGGGAGGUGAAAAGGGUCGCAAAUGCCCGGAACUCGCGAGAGUUGAAGUAGUCCCUAAAGGACUCGGAUUUCGGAACCAGCUGUCUUUGGCACCAUCAUCACCACCACCACCACAAGAGCAGAGGAAAUAUAAUAUAGGAAGGUGGUACGAAACAUCCGGGCAAGGGUGCCAGUAGUGUAGUGACGAUCAAAUAAUAUAUAACAUCGCACGGUUGCAAUCUCCGUGAAGAUGGCAAAGACCUAUGACUAUUUAUUUAAGUUACUACUGAUCGGUGACUCGGGUGUGGGGAAGACGUGUGUAUUGUUUAGAUUCUCGGAGGAUGCAUUCAACACGACCUUCAUCUCCACCAUCGGAAUUGAUUUUAAGAUUCGCACAAUCGAGUUGGAUGGAAAGAAAAUUAAGUUACAGAUAUGGGACACAGCUGGGCAGGAGAGGUUUCGCACGAUAACAACGGCGUAUUAUCGGGGUGCGAUGGGUAUUAUGUUGGUAUAUGACGUCACCAAUGAAAAAAGUUUUGAAAACAUCAAGAACUGGAUUCGCAAUAUCGAAGAAAAUGCAUCUUCAGAUGUUGAGAAGAUGCUUCUAGGUAAUAAAUGUGAACUUACUGAAAGGAGACAAGUUUCUAAGGAAAGAGGAGAACAGUUAGCCAUCGAGUAUGGUAUUAAGUUUAUGGAGACAUCAGCAAAGUCUAGCAUCAACGUCGAGGAUGCUUUUUAUACUUUAGCUCGUGAUAUCAAAGCAAAAAUGGAAAAGAAAUUGAAGGAGGCCUCAAAUCCACCUAAAGGAGGUGGCCACCAAUUAAAGGCUUUAGAACCUCAGAGGAAACCUCCGAGUUGGCUUGCCCGCUGUUCCAUACUCUGACCCCUCAACUGCAAUCAACUUUGUAACAAGAUUUAUUCCUGUAUGAUUACCGUCUAUUUACGUUCUUUUCGUCGGACAAAAUUUCUGUUCGCCGAGGCUAUCAAUGUGCUCAUUAUCGGGCUCUGUGACUUUACUCCUUGACAAUGGAUUCUUUUUGUUAUAUGGGUGGUGUUUUUACAAAUUGUCGACAUCCAACGUUUUCCUACUGGAAAUACAAGGGGAGGAACUGUCAGAGCCAUAGGCUGAAUCUGUUACAACGCAAUAUGGUUUCAAUGAAUUUACAGUACGUAUUUAUAAAAACGUUAUAUUGCUUUUUAAAAUGAACCAUUUAUGUAGCCCAACUGUUGUAAGUAAGGAGGGAAUUUGAAUACUUUCAUAAUAAUAAUGAUAAUAAUAGUAGUAGUAGUAGUAGUAACAAUAUAUAUAUACACAUAUAUAUUGAGUAACAUUUUUUACACGAGUAGGUACGAAUCAGGGCUCUGGCGGAUUGACAGAUUUAAAUUUCAAUGUGAUAUACCAUCGAAUUAAACAAUAAAAUUUAAUUGAUAUAUAUAUAUAUUUUACUUCAAAGAAAAUACAGCCUAUGCAGCGCGGACUUGGCCCUAAUUGCUUAUGUCGAUCGUUUCUCCCCUGACCUAUUUUUGAUGCUAAGCAUCGGAUGGUAUUGUUUUGAGAAAGAAUAAUUGUACAUGGGAUACAAAUACAGGUUGUACGACAUUGAUCAUACAAAGAAAAUUUUUAAGAGACGAUAAAAUAAGCGUAUUUGCGUUCCAACGAAAACGGCGCUUGUCCUGUCAAUAUUGCUACGUACAUCACCACACAUUGAAUACAAGAAUACACAAGAACCAUGUAUGAGGACUCAUUAAUUAAGGCCAUGUACCACAGAGACCACAAUCAUUUUUAUAUUGUUAUUACUCGAUAGCUUUUCCACGGAGGUAACAAGAGAACAAUGAAAAUAUGUUAGCGCAUUAAAUAUUAAUUAAAGCAACAAAAAUUGUGACAGACGCAUCGACGAUGGUAAACUGAAGAAAAGUUAUUACACGAUUCAGACAUUAUUUUCUUUAGAGGUGUAACUAUCUCUGUUAUGUCAGUAAAUGUAUACCAAAAG